AUGUCAGGUAGAGGACGAGCAGCCGAUUCACGCUGUCUGCUGCUAACUUGUGAUGAAGAUUUGCGAGAGCGCGAAGAAAGGAAUAUACUUCGUGAAAAAAUUAUGGAAGAAGCAUUGAGGAGUAUUGCGGAAAAGCCACCAACUUGGUUCAGCGAAGAAGUUUCAAAGCGUGCACAGGAAAAUAUUAAAGAAAGGGCACAAAAAAAUUUGGAGCGUGUUUCGAAAAGCAAAAGUCUUCAUUCAAAAAAAUAUAAAUUGCUCUGCAAAAAAUGUGAUACACUUAUCUGCACAAGUGACGAUAUUGCUAUGACUUGUAUCGGUCCGCAGUAUCUGUGCGUCUGCGAAGAGAUUUGGGAGCGUUCGAGACAGUAUCCAUAUUCGCAGGCGAGGGCUAAAGCCGAAGAAAACUUCCAAUUGAAGGGAUUUGGCACUGUAAUUUUUAACAAAUAUGCUUCCUCUUGA